CAUUCUUAUUCUGUCAUACUCGUAAACAACGUUGAAAGAUGUAUACAAAAAUAAUUCUAAAAUCAAUUCUGAUGUUAAUCAUAAUAUCACCUAUAAUUUCUAAAAUUCCAAUUCGCCAUAAAAGAUAUAUUGCAUUUCCAGAAGGAGCUUCCCUAUCAAUUGCGAUUUGUAUGACGUCACAGGCUAUCAUACGACCUUCAGAAUUCAUCACCGAAGGCCUUAACUGGGGCAUUUCUUACGACCUUCCCAACAGCAGUGCAAUUUUAGAAGACUACAAAACCCCCGGGGGAUUUGUCCGCAGAAGGCGUAGCAGACGUGAUUUGUAUCAGAAAAUGGAACUCAUCAUGGACUCAAUGGGCUAUAACGGCAAACAAUGUGUGCUUAGAGCUUUAUGUGAAGCCGCUGCUAUGUUUAUAUCGAAUCAUGAAGAGAUAGGGCUAUUAGAAAAAAGCAUCAUGACCGUCUUUGGAUUUCCAAUACAGGAAAUACUUGACCACGAACCAGAAGAUCAUAGAUUAUAUCAAGAAGCACAUCUUCAUGGAAAAAAGUCUCAAGAAUGUUCAAUAAAAUAUUCUAAGUGUACUUUUUCUUUAGUUGAUAUGGCACUAGGAAUGUACUCGUAUUAUUCUUAA